GUCAUAUUUAGCACAGAGAACUACGGAAGGGAGAUGUUAAGGUCUGUUUUUACAUCCACACAAGAAGAAAACUCACAAUGGAAUUGGAUUACGUUGAAUACGAUGAUUACACUCCAAACAAUGAAACUAAAAACGUCCUACAACCAUCAGACGGCUCUCAAGUCUCCCUGACUCUUGUUCUUGCAGUGGUCAACAUCUUCAUAUCAUUUCUUGGUCUGAUAGGGAACGCUGUAGUGGUAUGGAUCUGUGGGUGUAAAAUGAAAAGAACGGUCAUCACCACCUGGUACAUCAGCCUGGCUCUUUCGGACUUGUUUUUUUGUAUCUUUUUGCCCUUUGAAGUUUUUUACGUUCUGACCUCAAACUGGCCUUUUGGCCAGGUUUUGUGCAAGUUCACCUCCUCUGCUUUGUUUCUCAACAUGUACAGUAGUGUGUUCCUCUUGGUCUUAAUCAGCGCUGACCGUUGUGUCCUUGUUUUGUUUCCUGUGUGGGCGAACAACCACCGAACGGUGCACAAAGCGUACGGAGCAGUCACCGUGAUGUGGCUUCUCGCUGGACUCCUAACACUUCCUUCAGCAAUUUUUAGAACCACCGUAGUCCUAGAAUCAGUCACCAAGUGCCAGUUGAAAUACAGCUCCAACAUCAGCCAUGAGGCUGUGGUACUGGGUCGGUUCUUAUGUGGAUUUCUUGUUCCUUUCUUGAUUAUUGUGUUCAGCUGCGCGGUGAUCUGUGUGAAGGUGAGUGGCUCAACCAUUCGAUCGAAGAGGCCUUAUAAAAUCAUGGUGGCACUCAUCUUGUCGUUUUUCUUCUGCUGGGUGCCCUACCAUACCUUUCUUCUCAUGGAAAUGAACUUUAACAAGCACCGGGUAGAUGUGCUUGUGGCUGGACUAAAAGUGGGGGCCACCCUGGCAGCAGCUAACGCCUUCAUCUCCCCCAUCCUCUACGUGUUCAUCGGCAAUGACUUCAAGCGAACUCUGAAGCGCUCUAUGACGUCAAGGUUUGAGGAUAUCCGCACGACUGGAUUCAAUCACUCAAGAUCCAAAUCAAUGGAAAUAAUUGCAACUCACACUAUUUCCUGAAAAAACAUUGUAUUUUGAUUUUCUUUAAGGUGAUUUAGCUGUAAAAAGCACAAAACUUAUAUUUUGUACUUAAACUAUUUGACAGCUUUUAAUAAUUUUUGCUAUCCUUUGUAACUGAAACAUAUGCUGUGGUUGUAACUAAAUGAAUUAUCCACAAUAAA